UAUGUUAUAACCUAGACCCCCAUUCCCAUCAGGACAGAUGGAUUUAAUUUUAGGAAAGAUUGAAAACUAUGGAGCAUUAUUUUUAAGUGGAAUUGAGGCUGCUUUGAAUCCAUAAUUAAUGCAAUAAAACUAGAUUGGAGCAGUAUUAACUGUGGGGACAGAAUUGUCUAAUCUUAAAUUUGAUUGUGAAUAAAAAGUAGUUAUGUUCAUCAUCUUUAGUUGAUUAUGCUACAUGAUACUGCAUAUGAUCCUAUAAGAAGACAUUUUGAAGAAGCUAUACAUUUUAUUGAUGAAUAACGAAAAACAAAGAACGUUUUAGUCCAUUGCUUUGUUGGAGUUAGUAGAAGUGCUACAUUGGUAAUAGCCUAUUUAAUGCAAAUAUAUAAUUACUCACUUUAAGCUGCACUUACAUUUCUCAUUAGUAGGAGACCUUAAAUCAAUCCUAAUCCAGGAUUUAUGCAGCAAUUAUAAUAAUUCGAUUUUGAAUUAAACAGAAGGAGAUAAUAAAGACCUGCAAGUACUUAAUAUGUUAGAUGUUAUAAUGAAAGAGAUAGAAGAGAAUCUAUGGAAGUAAGAUCAACAACAAGAUAAUUUCCAAAUUAAAGUCCUUUAAAAAGAGUCAAUUAGAAAGCAAUGUCAACCAAAUCAUUAUUUCUGACUCCUAAAAAAAGUGAAGCAUAAAAUUAUUUUAAUUUUACACCUAUCGUUAAACCAAAUAAUUCGCUAGAAAUUAAAUAAAUUACAAAAAGUGCAUAAAAUUUGGAUAAUUGUGUUUUGAGAUAAUCUAAUUAUUAUGGAAAUAAUACUAAAAAAUUAGCAGAAACUGCAAUUAAUGGAUUUAAAUCUGCUUCUUCAUUCUGUAAGACUUUUUCAAAUCAUUUCCCUAUGAGCAAAAAUUAAAUGCUAGCUUAAACCUAAACAUUACUAAAAAGAACUCAAGGCUCUGGAUUAGGUCAUAGAGGAAGAUAACCAAUAAGAGCUUAAACUAAAAUUGAAUAUAAUAUAUGA